AAUUCAUUUUAACAAGUCGCGGCUACAGAAAAUAAUAAUGAAAAAAAAAAAGCAUGCGGAACUUCCCCAUUGACUCAUAGUUUCUUUCCGGUGCUUAAUUUGUGUCGUACAUCUUUUGUUUUUAAAUCCCGUUUUAUUCGUGCAUCUUCCGUCUCCCUUUACCUGACAAGUUUAUUCGUGAUAAAGAAAAGAAAUUCACUCAUUUAUACAACUAAUCGGUGUGCAAAAUAGUAAUUCAUCUGGGAAAAACAUUUUAUGCCGAUGGCCUUUCACAAAGAUCUGUUUCUUUCCGGAGUUUAGUUUAUGCCGUACACAGUUCGUGUUUUUUGGUUUAUCUUCGGCGGUGUUUUAAAUGAAACAAUCUCAUUUAGUUUCUGCAUUGUAAACAAAACACGAAAACAAAUAAGUUAAUUAGUCAUGGAAGAGCCGAGCGAGGAGGUCCCGGGAGAGCACAAUGCGAAGGAAGGAGAAGAAAUGUCAAGGAUGUCAGACAUGACACCAGCUGUUGCUUAUGGCGACGAGGAAGACGUGGAGACUUUAACUCAUGCCGACAUUUUGGAUAUUUUCGAGGAGGGACUCGCUCGCCUCGUGCAGGAUCCUUUACUCUGCGAUCUUCCCAUUCAGGUGACAUUGGAAGAAAUCAAUUCACAGAUUGCACUGGAGUACGGUCAGGCCAUGACUGUCAAGGUUCUGAAGGCUGACGGUGAAAUCAUGCCAAUCGUGGUGGUGCAAGACGCCAGCGUGCUGGACCUGAAGAAAGCCAUUCGCAGGUUUGUGACGCUGAAACAACAGCGAGAAGGCGGCAUGAGGCACAUUAGCUGGAGGUAUGUUUGGAGGAGUUAUAAUCUGGUGUUCCAGGGGGAAAAAUUGGAAGACGACCGCGUGAGGCUGAAAGACUACGGCAUCAGGAACAGGGACGAAGUGACGUUCAUGAAGCGGCUCAGGAAGAAGUGAACGCUUCUACUCCUCCAGUGUCACAUUUGUCUUCGACAGACGAACCUUGUUGUUUUUAUUAUAGUUCAUAUUUUUGCUAUUGAAUAAAAGGUUAUACUAUUA